CCAUUCAUAAACCCAUUCAUUUGUUCAUCCAUCUUGGCCCAGCAAAAAUAAAAUAAAAAAAAAAUGAGCGCAGAAGCACCCCAACAGUUUGCAUUGAGUGAAGCAACAAAGACAGGGGCGGUCCAAGUCCAGCAAGUUCGACCACUGCAGUCACUUGGUCAGCAACCACAUGUAUGGACACCAAGUCAGGAAUUAGCAGCAAAGUUAGUCUUUGGAGGACUGGGUUGUAUGAUUGCAGUGGUCUUUACACAUCCAGUGGAUGUAAUUAAGACCCGACUUCAGUUACAAGGGGAAGCAGGGGCAGGGUCUGUUGUACCGUCUAUGCACAUAUCAAAUGCCCACACAUCGUCUGCACUGCCAGCACAUAGGUUACAAGGUAUUACCAGUGUUGUCUGCACUUCUACUACUGCUACUGCUGCCAGUAGUAGCAAUAGUACCUCGUUGCAGUCAGUAUCAGGAUCAGGACUUUUAUCUUCAAACUCUAGCACACAUUUGGCAUAUUCACCCAUGACGACGCCAGUGACAAAUGUGAUUCAUCAUCGAGACGCUGCAUUGUUGGCUCAUGAGACUAUGGUCAAACCAGGAGGAGUAACAGGAGCAAUAGAAACAACUGGAGGGUUAAAUAUAACAGCAACUGGUGCUAGUCCUACUGUAAAAAGCCAAGCAGUGCCCAGGACACUUCGGUUGAUUCCAUUGCUACGAGAGAUCAUGAGGGAGGAAGGGCCAAGAGUGUUGAUGGCGGGACUGGCGCCAGCAGUGUUGCGAGAGAGCAUUUAUUCGACGAUUCGAUUCGGGAGUUAUGACUUGUUUAAAGGAAUUUACAGUGGAAUUGGGUUCAACGGAUUAGGAAACGGAGAACAAACGACAGUCUUAGUGAAGCUGUUGUCUGGAUUGACGAGUGGGAUGAUUGGUAGUGUUAUUGCUAAUCCUACAGAUCUGAUCAAAGUUCGGUUGCAGGCAUAUUGGCCCAGUGGUAAACCACGGUAUGCGUCGAUUGUAGAUGCAUGCCGAUCCAUUUAUGUGGAAGAAGGGAUUCCGGGAUUGUACAGAGGUGUGGUUCCGACAGCGGCUCGGGCCAUGGUAGUCACUGCUUCACAAUUGGCUUCGUAUGAUACGACGAAACAUUGGCUAUUGGCGAUUAAAGAUUCUAAGGGCCAAGCUAGGUUUCGAGAAGGGUAUUUGACCCACUUUUGUGCCAGCACUGUUGCAGGACUGGUGUGCUCAAUUUCGACAUCACCAAUUGAUACGGUAAAAGUACGAUACAUGAAUCAGCAGUUCAAUGCGAAUGGGCAAGGGAUGUUGUAUCGAUCUGCGAUAGAUUGUGCAGUCAAGACGGUACAGCGUGAAGGACCAUUGGCACUUUAUAAGGGGUUUUCGAUGUGCUGGUUACGUCUUGGUCCUCAUACGAUGCUGUCACUGAUGAUUUUUGAGAAGUUGCGAAGCUGGGUUGGAUUGAACCCCGUAUAGUAAUAAUAAAAUAAGUUUGAC